UUUACACUUUUUCAUCGUUGACUCGGAUGAAUGAGAACAUUUAACCCGGAUCGUCACUCGGCUCUGAGCUCCGUAACGAAACGAAAUCCGCCAUGGAAGCUCCAUCCUCAUCACCAUCGCCACCGCCAUCGGGUAAUGUUGUAGUGGAAGAAUGGAAUGGCUCGGCUUCCCCCAAGCUCUCUAAAAACGCCACCCUUAUUACUGCUUCCCCUUCCAUCUCCAUCCUAAGAUCUGCUAACUAUUUCCACCAUAUUUGGUGGCGAAUUCUCGAAGCCUUUGUACCCGAGGGUUUUCCGAGCAGUGUGACACCGGAUUAUGUCCCUUUUCAAGUCUGGGAUUCUCUUCAGGGCCUUUCAACUUACAUAAGGACGAUGCUUUCUACACAAGCUCUACUAAGCGCUUUUGGGGUCGGCGAGAAAUCAGCCACUGUCAUUGGUGCUACUUUCCAGUGGUUUUUGAGAGACUUAACUGGAAUGCUUGGAGGUAUUUUGUUCACAUUCUAUCAGGGUUCUAAUCUGGAUAGCAAUGCCAAAAUGUGGCGUUUAGUUGCAGAUCUUAUGAAUGAUCUGGGAAUGUUGAUGGACCUGAUUUCACCUCUAUUUCCUUCCGCGUUUGUGUUCGUAGUUUGCUUAGGGAGCCUUUCAAGAUCAUUCACUGGUGUUGCAAGUGGAGCAACUAGAGCUGCUUUGACACAACAUUUUGCUCUUCAAAACAAUGCUGCGGAUAUAUCUGCCAAGGAAGGAAGUCAAGAGACAUUGGCAACAAUGUCUGGCAUGGCGGUGGGUAUGCUUCUUGCUCGGGUUACUAUGGGAAAUCCAUAUGCUAUUUGGUUUUCUUUUUUGGCUCUCACCAUGUUCCAUAUGUACGCGAACUACAAGGCUGUUCAGUGCCUUGCGCUGAAUUCACUGAACCCUCAAAGGAGCUCAAUUCUUUUGCAGCAUUUCAUGGAGACUGGCCAAGUUCUCUCCCCUGAACAGGUAUCUAAGAGGGAGCAUAUUUUACCCGUAUGGACAUCUUUACAGAGCUCAAAGAAUUCCAAACUAAUACAUACGCGAGUACGCUUAGGCGUGAGGGUCUCUUCACUUAGUCGCCUGGAACUGAAGGGCCUGUUGCAUUACGCAGGAUCUCAUUACAGAAAAGCAAAGUACUUACUAGUAGAAAGGAAUGGAAUUAUCAGUGUCAUUAUGCACAAGGAUUCUACUGCUGCAGACGUUUUGCAGUCAUUUGUCCAUGCUCACGUUAUGGAAACUCUCACGGAUAAGAACAAUUCUGUGCAUACCGAAAGCCAAUCAUGGAUGGAUGGAAAUUAUGAAGUUUUUCUUCAGAAGCUGAAGUUAUCAGGUUGGAAAACAGAACGUCUUUUGUCACCCUCAAUCAGUUGGAAAGCAAAUUGGAGCUAUGAGCCACUAGAUGAGAAGCUUGACUAGGGACUAUGCAGUGCAUUAUCAUACAUUUGAAUGUGGUGUAUAUAACGUACAAUGGAGAACACACGCACACGCACAAAAGGGAAAGUGAGGGAGGAGAUGAAGGAGAAGGGUCGAAGAGGGUGAAGACAAGAGGACCCACAAGAAAACUAAUGUUUGGACUUUUGAGAUUUAAGUGUUUAAGAUUUUUUUUCCUCUUUUUUUUUAUAAAAAAAAAUCAAGUCUAAGUUGUGUUAAGACCACUCUCUCUUCUUUGUUUUAGCAUAGUUUAAAAUUAUGUGUUAAAAAAAAAAAAAGGAGGUAGAACAUCUGUUUCUAGUUUCUA